AUGGCGGACGGGGGCGACGGCAGGUCACCGGCGGAGCAUCAGCGGAAGAGGGCAGGUCACAAAGCGUUUGACGCCACCAACGGCGUCGACGAACAGCAAGAAGCCGGCCCCUCUCGAAGAACGUGUUGUGUUGGCAGUGCCUACACCGCCGGCCCUCUUCGGGGUUCCGUCUUGGAUGCUCGACAAGACCUCAGCAACCCGCAGGAUGCCAUCAACUCGAUUUCGCGUUCAGCCCAGCAGGCCAUCGCGUCGGCGUCUCAGUCAGCCCAGCAAGCUAUCCAGCAGGCAAGCGACCAAGUGAGACAGGCCCAGGACCAAGUGAGGCAAGCCACCGAUGCGGCCAACCGGGCGACUUCAUCGGCCAACAACGCCGUGAACCAGGCUCAGGCGAGCGCUCGACAGGGCAUCGCCGACGCCCAGAACGCGGCGAGUGCGAGUGCUAGUCGGCAGAUUGCGGCGAACCUGGCCUCGGUUACGUCAAGCGCAUCGACGCAGCUAGCUUCUCAGAUUGCGAGUAUACAAUCCAGUGCUAGCUCCAGCGCGGCGAAUGCCAUUGCUUCUGCAACGUCGUCGGCCAGCGCGGCUGUGCAAAGCGCACAGCAGGAGGCUCAGUCUGCGAGGAACGACGCAAAGCUACAGGUGCAACAAGCACAAGGCGCCGCAGUAUCGGUCACGCAGGCCGCCCUCGCUGUCGUGGGAGCCAUCAUCGGCUCGUCCCUCCUCACGAUCCUGGCCUUCUACCUCUUCACGCGUUACCGCCGCAACAAACGCAAAGAGCAGACGGGACGGGGCCUCCGCCGCGAGAUCAGCUUACCCAAGCAGGACUCACUCGUGGUCACCAACGGGCUGAACGCGAGCAACGGUUACCCCCAGGACGUCAAGCAUCCCAUAUCGCCGACGCGGCCGGACACUGCGCUCACAACAGCGUCUGGCGUGAUGGGGUAUGCUAUGAGCGACUUUGGCGGCGGGGCACCAAACUUCUCGCGCGCAACGACGUUUGUGAGCAACACGCCGCCGCAAACGAGUGGCACGGGGACGUUGCAGAGGGAACCGUCGGUGACACGGAAACCGAUACCAGUACCGCCGUCGCCCAGGAAGUCGCCGGCCUUUACUCUAUUCCCACCAAAGUCAAGGGAUCCCCCUCCGGGAAUUGGUGGGUUGCCAUCCAACCCAGCCCCUUCGAGGGAGCGUUCGUCCUCGGUGUACUCGUCGGCGUCGGCGGCGGCGGCGGUGGCACCACCGGCAACCACGGCGCUUGCGAACGAGAAGUUGGACAGGGUUGACGAGGAGACGGACGAGUUUGGGGAGGGGAGCAAAAACUGGCUGAGGCGGACGCAGACUGUGAGCCCGUUUGGUGACCUCGCGGACAGCCCUACGGGGAGAUGGACACCAACUGGCCGUUCAUCGGGUCAGGCUCGCCUCCGCGUGCGAGGUGAAGGUGGAAGUGGACCAUCCAGUGGGUUGGUUUGGGGGCCUCGAAACAACGGAAACGCCUAA